AUGGGAAGACAGGCCAGGAUGCGAUACGGCCAUGAGACCACGCCGCUGCUCUAUGUUGAAGUAGCACAGCGCCCACCUCGCUAUCCACACAGGAACAUCCGUAAACUGUGCACCACAUGUCUGGGGACGAUUUUGGUUUUGUCUGUGAUUGUGCUACUGUUGCCGUUUGCCCUACUUCCACGUGGAUAUGGAUCCAUCUCCGAUCAUCUUCCAUGGACGUCGAGGAACGGACUCGACUAUGCGUCUCUCCAACAGCUAUUGCAAACAGUACCAAGUGCACGCAAAGUAAAGGAAUGGAGCCACCAUUACACGUCCGGCCCCCAUCUUGCUGGGCAGAACUUGAGCUUGGCCAUCUGGACAAAGGAGAAAUGGGAGGAAUUCGGUGUCCCUGACGUCCAGCUGACAACCUAUGAUGUCUAUCUGAACUAUCCAGUCAGCCAUCGAUUGGCACUCCUCGAAACAGGGAAAGAAACCAAUGGCCUCAAUGUGAUGUAUGAGGCUUCGUUGGAAGAGGAUGUUCUUGACAAAGAUGUUACCAGCGGGUUGGAGGAUAGGAUUCCAACCUUCCAUGGCUACUCAGCCAGCGGCAAUGUUACUGCUCAAUACGUCUAUGUGAACCAAGGUACCUACGAGGAUUACGAAACUCUUGUUAACGCUAAUAUAACCUUGGAAGGAAAAAUUGCUUUGGUGAAAUAUAGCGGUAACAUGCGUGGGUUGAAGGUGAAGCGUGCUCAAGAGCUAGGAAUGGUCGGCGUUAUCAUCUACACCGAUCCACAGGAGGAUGGAGAUAUGACAGAGUUGAAUGGAUUCAAAGCAUAUCCAGAGGGGCCUGCUAGAAAUCCAAGUGCUGUGCAGAGGGGUAGUGUUGGAUUCCUGGGCCAUGAACUCAUAUUUACUUCUCAAGGUGCCGGAGCUGGAGACCCCACAACACCUGGAUACCCUUCCAACCCUGGUUGUCGAAGAGAAGACCCUACAAACUUCAUUCCUUCGAUCCCUUCGUUGCCAAUCUCCUAUAGAGACGCUAUUCCAUUACUGAAGGCUCUCAAUGGACAUGGCCCAAAGGCGCUGGAUUUCGGUAAGGACUGGCAAGGUGGACUCGUUCAUAAAGGAGUUGAUUACAAUAUUGGACCUUCCCCCGCAAAUGUCAUGAUAAAUCUCCAAAACGAGCAAGAUUAUGUGACAACUCCCAUCUGGAACGUAAUCGGCGUUAUUAAAGGCUCAAUUCCAGAUGAAGUUAUUGUCUUAGGCAACCACCGAGAUGCUUGGAUCUCUGGGGGUGCUGCCGACCCCAAUAGUGGCUCAGCUGUCCUAAAUGAAGUCAUUCGCAGCUUUGGCCAGGCUCUCGAAGGUGGCUGGAAACCAAAGAGAACAUUAGUGUUCGCAAGCUGGGAUGCUGAAGAAUAUGCUCUAAUUGGGUCCACUGAAUGGGUUGAAGAAAAUAUCUCAUGGUUGUCAGGAGCCAACGUCGCAUACCUCAAUGUUGAUGUUGCCGCCUCUGGGAAGAAGUUUGAUGUCCACGCUAGCCCGCUACUGAAUAAAGCGAUCUAUAACGCUGCCGGACAGGUGCUAUCUCCCAAUCAAACUGUCGAAGGACAGACCAUUCUUGACGUAUGGGGCGGUAACAUCGCUGUAAUGGGGAGUGGAAGUGAUUUCACUGCCUUCCAAGAUUUUGCUGGUAUCCCAAGUUUGGAUUACGGAUUUGUCGCCGGAGACGGCGACCCAGUCUACCAAUACCAUUCCAAUUACGACAGCUUUGACUGGAUGGACCGAUUUGGCGACGUUGGCUUCGAAUAUCACCUUGCCAUGGCCAAAUUAUGGUCCUUAACGGCUGCAUAUCUAUCGGAAACACCCGUCCUUGCUCUAAAUGCCACGAGUUACGGCAUAGCAUUGAAGCAGUACCUUGAUUCUGUGAAGGAUACAGUACCUCCUGAAGCUAGAAGCAAAUUUAACUUCUCCUCUUUAGAUGAUGCUAUAUCUGCAUUCUGCGAGAAGGCUGUUAAAUUUGAUGCUUACGCCGAAUCUCUUGCUACUGAGCUGGACAAUGGCGGUCAUUGGUGGAGCAGGCUCAUUCUUUACUUCAAAAUUCGUUUCGCUAACCAGAAGUACAAAUUCAUCGAAAGAAAAUUCCUAUAUAACAAAGGCCUUGAUAUCAGAGGGUGGUUCAAACAUGUCAUAUUUGCUCCAGGGCGGUGGACUGGAUAUUCUGGCGCCACUUUCCCUGGUUUGGUUGAAAGUUUCGAAGAUAAUGAUUUGGAUAACGCUGAGAAAUGGCGAGAUAUCAUCAAGUCCAAGAUUGACGAAGCGGCGGAGUUGCUUGGAUAA